AUGUCUCGAAACGCUCCCAAUGGGUGUGUUCCACCCUCCCAAGCUACUGCUCCGCCUUCGCCCGCCACAAGUCUGCGACUAACUGUUGGGGAACCGGUCAGCGAGCCGGCCACUGAAUCUGGGGAGAGAGUUCUCCAGGAUGGGUUUUGGGAGCACGGUCGCUUUUACGGUUCCUGGAAGCCUGGGAAAUACCUUUUCCCCAUUGACAAGGAGGAGCUCAAUAGACUGGAUGUCUUUCACAAAUAUUUCCUCGUCGCGAGAGACGAGAAUGUCACUUCAACUCCCCUGAGGAAAACCGGACAACCGAAGAUCAUGGAUCUUGGAACAGGCACGGGCAUCUGGGCGUUCAAUGUUGUGGAAGAAUACGCCAAGGAUGCCGAAAUCAUGGCCGUUGAUAUCAAUCGGAUUCAACCAGCCCUCAUUCCUCGAGGCGUAACAAUCAAGCAGUUUGAUAUUGAAGAGCUGUCAUGGGAGCCGCUGUUUCGGGAUUGCGAAUUGAUCCAUAUGCGAUUGCUGUAUGGCAGCAUAAGGGACGACAAAUGGCCCCAUGUCUACCGCAAGGUCUUUGAGCACUUGGCCCCCGGCGUCGGCUAUAUCGAGCAACUAGAGAUUGACUGGAUGCCACGGUGGGAAAACGAGGACGUCCCCAGGCAUUCGGCUCUUCGCGAGUGGGCUCAGCUAUUCCAACGCGCCAUGCAUCGGUAUCACCGAAGCGUCACGGUAUCAUGCGAGGGUACGAGACAUAGAAUGGAAGCGGCUGGCUUCACCGACUUCUCCGAAACCACGAUCCGGUGCUACGUAAACCCGUGGUCCUCCGAUCGCCACGAGCGGGAGUGUGCCCGUUGGUUCAACCUCGCCUUCAGCCUGGGUCUCGAGGCCAUGAGCAUGAUGCCCAUGAUUGACAAACUCGGCAUGACCAAGGACGAUAUUGUCGACCUCUGUAGCAGAGCCAAGAAGGAGAUGUGCAUUCUGCGCUAUCGCGCCUAUUGCACUCUGUAA